GGCUGCCUCUGUCGGUCUGUUCAGUUACCACGUGAACCGCCGACGGAGACCCGUGGGGGGGCGAGGCGGCGGCAGUGUUAAGUGAGAAAGGAAAAAAAAAAAAGACUACGAGGGGAAGGGGGUGUCGGGGUUGGGCGACGCGGUGACACCUGAGGCCUGGUGGCGGCGGUGGAUCCGGGCAAUCAAGGCUGAAGCAGCCAGGACGACGGCGGCGGCGGCGGUCGGACAAACAGGCUGACCGAGCCGGGCGGUGGCGGGAGCAGCGGGAGGAGCCGGAACGAUGCCGGCCGUGAGCCUCCCGCCCAAGGAGAACGCGCUCUUCAAGCGGAUCCUGAGGUGUUAUGAACAUAAACAGUACAGAAAUGGAUUGAAAUUCUGUAAACAAAUCCUCUCUAAUCCCAAAUUUGCUGAGCAUGGAGAAACUCUGGCUAUGAAAGGAUUAACAUUGAACUGUUUGGGGAAAAAGGAAGAAGCUUAUGAAUUGGUUCGGAGAGGUUUGAGAAAUGACUUGAAGAGUCAUGUGUGUUGGCAUGUUUAUGGCCUUCUCCAGAGGUCAGACAAGAAAUAUGAUGAAGCCAUUAAGUGUUACAGAAAUGCGCUAAAAUGGGAUAAAGACAAUCUUCAAAUCUUAAGGGACCUUUCUUUAUUACAGAUUCAAAUGCGAGAUCUUGAGGGUUACAGGGAAACGAGGUAUCAGUUACUUCAACUUCGACCUGCACAGAGAGCAUCAUGGAUUGGUUAUGCUAUUGCUUACCAUUUAUUAGAAGAUUAUGAAAUGGCAGCAAAGAUUUUAGAAGAAUUUAGGAAAACACAGCAGACAUCCCCUGAUAAAGUGGAUUAUGAAUAUAGUGAACUCCUUUUAUAUCAGAAUCAAGUUCUUCGGGAAGCAGGUCUCUAUAGAGAAGCUCUGGAACAUCUUUGUACCUAUGAAAAGCAGAUUUGUGAUAAACUUGCUGUAGAAGAAACCAAAGGGGAACUUCUGUUACAGUUAUGUCGUUUGGAAGAUGCAGCUGAUGUUUACAGAGGAUUGCAAGAGAGAAAUCCUGAAAACUGGGCCUAUUACAAAGGCUUGGAAAAGGCACUCAAGCCAGCUAAUAUGUUAGAACGACUAAAAAUUUAUGAGGAGGCCUGGACUAAAUACCCCAGGGGAUUAGUGCCAAGAAGACUGCCGUUAAACUUUUUAUCUGGUGAGACGUUUAAAGAAUGUUUGGAUAAGUUCCUAAGGAUGAACUUCAGUAAGGGUUGUCCACCAGUCUUCAAUACUUUGAGGUCGUUAUACAAAGAUAAAGAAAAGGUGGCAAUCAUAGAAGAAUUAGUAGUAGGUUAUGAAACCUCUCUAAAAAGCUGCCGGUUAUUUAACCCCAAUGAUGAUGGAAAAGAGGAACCACCAACCACAUUACUUUGGGUCCAGUACUACUUGGCACAACAUUAUGAUAAAAUUGGUCAGCCAUCUAUUGCUCUGGAAUACAUAAAUACUGCUAUUGAAAGUACACCCACGUUGAUAGAACUCUUUCUUGUGAAAGCUAAAAUCUAUAAGCAUGCUGGGAAUAUUAAAGAAGCUGCAAGGUGGAUGGAUGAGGCCCAGGCCUUGGACACAGCAGACAGAUUUAUCAACUCCAAGUGUGCAAAAUACAUGCUAAAAGCCAAUUUGAUAAAAGAGGCUGAAGAAAUGUGCUCCAAGUUUACAAGGGAAGGAACAUCAGCGGUCGAGAACUUAAAUGAAAUGCAGUGCAUGUGGUUCCAGACAGAAUGUGCCCAAGCUUAUAAGGCAAUGAAUAAAUUUGGUGAAGCACUUAAGAAAUGCCAUGAGAUUGAGAGACAUUUUAUAGAAAUCACUGAUGACCAGUUUGACUUUCAUACAUACUGUAUGAGGAAGAUUACCCUUAGAUCAUAUGUGGACUUACUAAAGCUAGAAGAUGUACUUCGACAGCAUCCGUUUUACUUCAAGGCUGCAAGAAUUGCCAUAGAGAUCUAUUUGAAGCUUCAUGACAGCCCUCUUACAGAUGAGAAUAAAGAACAUGAAGCUGAUACAGCAAACAUGUCUGAUAAAGAGCUAAAGAAGCUACGUAAUAAACAAAGAAGAGCUCAAAAGAAAGCCCAGAUAGAGGAAGAGAAAAAAAAUGCAGAAAAAGAAAAGCAGCAGAGAAAUCAGAAAAAGAAGAAGGAUGAUGAUGAUGAGGAAAUUGGAGGUCCAAAAGAAGAACUUAUUCCGGAGAAACUGGCCAAGGUUGAAACUCCAUUGGAAGAAGCUAUUAAAUUUUUAACGCCAUUGAAGAACUUGGUGAAGAACAAGAUAGAAACUCAUCUUUUUGCCUUUGAGAUUUACUUUAGGAAAGAAAAGUUUCUUUUGAUGCUACAAUCAGUAAAGAGAGCAUUUGCUAUUGAUUCUAGUCAUCCCUGGCUUCAUGAAUGUAUGAUUCGACUCUUUAGUACUGCAGUGUGUGAAAGUAAAGAUUUACCUGAUGCAGUUAGAACAGUAUUAAAACAAGAAAUGAAUCGUCUUUUUGGAGCAACGAAUCCAAAGAACUUUAAUGAAACUUUUCUGAAAAGGAAUUCUGAUUCAUUGCCACAUAGAUUAUCAGCUGCCAAAAUGGUAUAUUAUUUAGAUCCUUCUAGUCAGAAGCGAGCUAUAGAGUUGGCAACGACACUUGAUGAAUCCCUCACUAACAGAAACCUCCAGACAUGUAUGGAGGUAUUAGAAGCCUUGUGUGAUGGUAGCCUAGGAGACUGUAAAGAAGCUGCUGAAGUUUAUAGAGCAAAUUGUCACAAGCUUUUCCCUUACGCUUUGGCUUUCAUGCCUCCUGGAUAUGAAGAGGAUAUGAAGAUCACAGUUAAUGGAGAUAGUUCUGCAGAAACUGAAGAACUGGCCAAUGAAAUUUGAACAUCAUUAAACAAGCAAACGGAAUGACUUUGGACCAUAUCUAGUGUAUAAUAUUUUUGUCACGCACCUGCUGCAUUGCUCUAACUUACACAGAAUGAGAAGAGUAAAUGUUCUUGCCUUCAAAUAGUGUUUUACGUUUUUUAUCCUGCUGAAAAAGUAUAUAUAAAAUAUCUAACAUAUUACAGGAUAUAGGUUCAGUUUCUUAAAAAAUUAAAAGCUGCUAAAAUUGAGGGGUUAAAAAAAGAUACCUUAUCCUAUUCCUACCUACCCACCCAUGUUUUUAAACUAAUUUAUAUAAAAUCUGGAGGCUGUUAUGGCUAACAAAGCAGGUGUGUGGCAGAAAUAUUACUUUAAAUUUGUCUUGUGAGAUUUUACUAUAUCUCAGACAGCAUAAAUGCUGUUUUAGCACUGGAUUCUUUCACUGAGCACAAAGAGUUGUUGGGGCUUUAGCAUCUAACUGAUUUUGUUACGGGGUUGAUUAUGACCAUAGGAAGUAUGCAAUGUGAAUCACUAUUUACAGAGAAGCCUACAACAGAUGCUUGAUGUUGUAGAAGCUGGGACAUAUAGAUACCAAGCAGAAUUAUAAGAAAACCUAGAGGGUGUUCAAUACGCUUGUUGUGUUUCCAAAAUUCACUGUACAUGAUCAGUUUGGUGUUCUUGUACCACAGUUUUUAACUGAAGGAACCAGUUGGAACAAUCUCAAUUCUAACUAAAACUUGAAGAACUAAAAUAACAAUGCAAACCUUUCAGCAUUGUUUUGGCCAAACUUGUUAAAACUGUAAUGCAAGAACCAAAUGCACUGUGAUGUGGCACCAACUAAUUAGCAAGCAUGAACUUUUCACCCAAGAGUGAAAAAAGAAAAUCUACCAUGGCUUGAAGUUAAAGAGCAGAACUCCUGACUACCAUUCUAUGACUGAUCAAGAGACUAAUAGUUAAAAACCUCAGCAGGCCUUGUUCAUGAUAUGCAGAAAAAAAUGUGCUGCAGUUUAGAUACCUCUGGAAUUUUUCCACAGUGUCACAGGUUUGUAAUACUUGAAGCCCUACAUUUCUAAGAAUAUAUUUCUUGCUCAGUUGUUUCAGGCAAGCCCAAGACUUUGUAAUUUUUAAAGGGCCCAAGAUUUCUUUCUUUCUUUCUUCUUUUUUUUUUUUCAAUAACAGACCAGCUUCUUUUUCCUGCAGUUACAGAUGUAAUUUCCUUUUUGUUGUCAAACAUAAGGUACCAAAUAUGAUGCAAUAAAUUGUUUUGAAAAACA